AUGACUUUUUUUGAUGAUAUGAAAACUUCUUUCAAGGAUGUUGAGAUCCAAGAUAAUGAGAUUCCAACACUAAAGUUCCUUGAGGCAUCAGAAUCACUGGUUACAUUAUUUGACCUGCUAGGGUCAUCUGCAUUUAGUGUUGUUCAAUCCGAUAUGACUGGAAACAUCAAUAAGGUGUCUAACAAGUUUUUGUCCGAUCCAGAAGGUUGUGCAACUUUGCAGAAGUUGAUUUUGACGGAAGUCAAAGAGGGAGGUAAGAAAACUGCCACUCAAGGUUUACUCUGGCUCACACGUGGUUUACAGUUCACUGCGGUUGCAAUGAGGAAGUGUAUUGACAAUCCAGAUUGGGAGUUAUCCAAAGCUUUUGAAAAGUCGUAUUCAGAGACACUAAGUAAAUAUCAUUCCAUGUUGGUCAAGCCAAUCUUCAAGUUGGCAAUGAAGGCAUGUCCAUAUAGAAAAGACUUUUUUGCGAAAUUAGGCGAAGAUUUGGCUAAAGUUAACGAGCAAUUACUACAAUGGGUUGUUGCUCUAGAGAACAUCGUCCAGGAGGUUAUGAAAUUCUUCGACUCAGGUAAUUAUGGUAAGGGUUUAUAA